AUGAACCAACAAGACGCAUUCGAAAUCACUAUCAAAUCAGAAAGUACAAUUGGAGAUGUGAAAGAAAUCAUGGAAAAUAUUGAAGAAUUAGGUGGUAUUAUUGUUGAACAAAUCCCAGAACUUAAUACUAUGGAAGUUAGAUUACCAAGAGGAAAAAUUAAUGAUUUGAAUUGUUCUCAUAUUCAAAAUUUGCAAUACGUUGAUGAAUAA